AAGCGAUGGGAGGAAACCACUUAGCGAGAUGGCUGUGAAGGCAUAAAGCCCUGUGACGUCGCCCCCACGUGGUGCAAUGGGGAAAGCUGACAAUCGCCAUAGGAGGGGCGAGCAGCCGCAGCUAGGCCCCACACCACGAAGACCUGUGCUCAGGAGAAGGAGCACUAUGAAACUGUACACCAUGCUGCUCCUACAGACAUCCUAAGACAGCUAUGUCAUCCUGGUCUUAGAACAUCUGCCAUAAAGGGCACAGUACUUUUUGAUUGAGUUUAAACAGAUAUUACAUCCUGCUAUGAGAACCAACACAAUGGCUUUAUUCCCAGUGGUGUUGUUUCUGGUUACUGUGCUGCUUCCAUCUUUACCCACUGAAGGAAAGGAUCCAGCUUUUACUGCUUUGUUAACCACCCAAACACAAGUGCAAAAGGAGAUUGUAAACAAACACAAUGAGCUAAGGAAAGCAGUCUCUCCCUCUGCCAGCAACAUGCUGAAGAUGGAAUGGAGCAGAGACGCAACAGUAAAUGCUCAAAAGUGGGCAAAUAAGUGCACUUUAGAGCACAGUGACCCAGAGGACCGAAAAACCAGUACAAAAUGUGGUGAGAAUCUCUACAUGUCUAGUGACCCUACUUCCUGGUCAGAUGCAAUCCAAAACUGGUUUGAUGAGAGCCAGUAUUUUACCUAUGGUGUAGGACCCAAGAGUCCCCAUGCAAUUGUUGGACAUUAUACUCAGCUUGUUUGGUACUCAUCUUACCGUGUUGGAUGUGGAAUUGCCUUCUGUCCUAAUCAAGAUAACCUCAGAUAUUACUACGUUUGCCAAUAUUGCCCUGCAGGGAAUAAUGUGAAUAGAAAGAAUACUCCUUACCAACAAGGAAUACCUUGUGCCAGUUGCCCUGGUCACUGUGAGAACGGCCUUUGUACCAAUAGCUGCGAGUUUGAAGAUCUCCUUAGUAACUGUGGCUCCUUGAAGAAUACAGCUGGCUGUGAACAUGAAUUACUCAAGGAGAAAUGCAAAGCUACUUGCUUAUGUGAAGACAAAAUUUUCUAAAAUGGCUUGUGUGUCUUCUGCAGAACAAUGUGGAGAAGGGUUGCAUUACUUACUUGACACCGGCCAGGGGAAAUUGUAGCUAUGUUAGUUAUGAAUUUGAUACCCAACAGCUUUGCAUCUUUUUUCUCCUCAAUCUUCACAGAAAUCUCUUAUCAUACGAUGAUUUUCCAUAGCAUUCUAGUCCAUGAUGACCUCUGGACUUUGAUAGAAAUUUUGCACUUUAAAUGUAAUGAAUUGAGUCAAACUGAAGAUGUUGAAAGUUAUAUAACAAUAGGACUUAUACCACCACCACAUGGAUUAAAAUGGAGAAUUUCGUGUCCAGAAACACACUAAAGGAGAAAAGACUGUAACAUCCUUGCAUUCCUACUACAUGAUUUCCACCUGUCUAAAGAAUGAACUUAAAGCUUGGCAUCUACAUUUUUCCUAUGGCAUUUGUUAAAAAUCAGCUUUUAGAAUAAAAAACUAAUCUGAGCAACCACAAA